CAAAACCCUUCUCCCCCAUUCGGCUAAGUGCUGGAGGCCUGGAGCCCCGACCAAAUCUCGCGGCGACUGCCGACUGCUACUCCGAACCCCGGCGGAAGACCACGACCUCGCUUCUGAAGGUCUGAUCUCCGGCCGGUGCGACCCCAGGCGACUCGAAGAUGCAGCAGGGGGACGGCACGGAGGCGCAGGUGACGUGGGAGGACCAACAGAACAUCAACCGCUUCGGCCGCCUCAACAACCGCCUCCACGAGCUCCAGGACGAGAUCAAGCUCGCCAAGGAAGCAAAUGAAAACCUUGAUGAUGCUGGGAACGAGCUCAUCUUGUCAGAUGAAGAUGUGGUACGCUUCCAGAUUGGGGAAGUGUUUGCCCACAUGCCAAGGGACGAUGUUGAGACUAGGCUGGAGCAGAUGAAAGAGGACGCGGCGAAGAAGCUGGAGAGGCUGGAGGAGGAGAAGGAAUCCAUCCUCGCCCAGAUGGCCGAGCUGAAGAAGAUACUGUAUGGCAAGUUCAAGGAUGCCAUCAACCUGGAGGAGGAUUAGCAGCGAGUACUUGAGCUGUUGGCCCGUAGCUUGUGUAACAGAAGACAGUUUAGCUUCGGAAGCUUUUUUUACCCAUGAUGCAUGAACUUUGGUGAAGUGAAUGAUUUGAUUCGGAGCGUGUGUAUGAAUUGAAGCCAAGUGGCCGUGAGCCUGGGACAUACGCGGAAGCAAUGAUCUUUCUGUCAGUUUUAUUUCA